GGUCUUAAUAUUACACAUCAACUCAUUAGGGCACUCUUAGUCUCUAACGUUGGCUAUAUCCGACAUGUAGUUUGGGAAAACACGACACAUUUCUCCUGGAAAAAGUGUGAGAUAUUUUCCUGGUUUGCCGAGCGUCGUGUAAGGACAGAGGAUACGACUUCACGGAGUAACGCCGAGUGUUCAAGGUAGCAGCAAUGGCGAUUCUUGGUGUCCUGCCUCUCUGUGUUAUCUCGGUAGUGCUAGGCCGGGCUGUUGCACUUCCGGCCACAACGGAUGCCGCCGCAACUGUAGGAACAUCUAUCAGUGACGUCAAACCAACUCCCGAAAUCGCCUACAACUACACCGCUGAUGUCAAAGAUGCUUUUAGACUUGCUUUGGCGAAGUUGCAUAAUAAUUAUGGACAAACUGUUAAUCAUGACAUAACAGCAACAAUGAGAGCAGACUUCCAUACGCUGUGCCCAGUACCGAGAAGGGAACCUGAAACACAGGCGGAUUCCAAGAUGGCAUCACUUGGCCUUGACGCCAUUCAACAGUUAAGCAACAGCGUUGGAAUUUCGGCGGAGGAUAUUCUCAAAUCGGAGCAAUGGCGGGAUUCACUGGGAGCCGAGUUCCGGAAGUACUGUAAUGAAAGAGCGUCUCACCUUCACUGUGAAGCUAACUCCCCCUACCGGACGAUUGACGGUUCCUGUAACAAUAUAGGGCAUCCGGCCUGGGGCAUGACGGGAAUGCCCCAAAAGAGGUUCCUUGCGCCAGACUAUGAUGACGGUUUCAAUUCCCCUCGGUCACGUGGCCAGGAUGGCGCGCCCCUCCCCAACCCCAGAAACAUCAGUAACGAGCUCCAUCAGUCAAACGGGAACCAGACAUACGAGUCCAAACUGUCCGUGAUGCUGAUGACCUGGGGUCAGUUCAUCAAUCACGACAUUGUCGGGACUCCACUCAUUAAAGAUAGUCACGGCCGGUCACUAGAUUGCUGUGGUCUGGAUAAGACAAAUCGGGACUGUUUACCUGUGGAUAUCCCAAUGGACGACCCUUAUUACGACUCUUCCUGUAUGAACUUUGUCCGAACGGCUCCAGCCGCUGGACCAGAGUGCUCCAUAGGUGAGAGACGUCCAAUUAACAAAGUGACGUCAUACCUUGAUGGUUCUGCAAUUUACGGAUCAACAAAAGAAGAGGAAAGCCGUUUACGUCAAAUGGAACAUGGACUGCUUCGAGAGGGACACCAUGGUCUUCUCCCUCCUACCGGAAAUGAUAACUGUAUUCUACAGAAGAAAGGACAACAAUGCCAGCUGGCUGGGGAUGAACGUUCAAAUUUAGUGGCCUCCAUUGGUGCCUUACACACUCUGUUCAUGCGCGAACACAACCGAAUUGCGUUGCAUCUUCACGAAAUCAACCCGUCCUGGGAAGAUGAGCGACUCUACCAAGAAACGAGGAAAACCGUCGGCGCAAUUAUCCAACACAUCACCUAUCACGAGUACCUGCCACUGAUAAUCGGGAAACCUCUCAUCAACUUUUACAACUUGGACGAUACGGAAUUCGGACACGUCCAGGCGUACAAAGACUACGUUAAUGCCGGGGUUUCCUCUGGCUUUGCUGCUGCCGCUUUUAGAUUCGGACACUCUCAAAUUCCCAAAAAGCAAACGUACAUCGGACCAAAGUUUGAAAAGAAGAAGGGAGUAGUUCUUGAAAAGACAUUCCACAAGCCGUACUAUCUACAGAGGAGCAAGCAUUUUGGUUAUGAGGGGAUUCUCAGAUGGUUGAUCUCAGAUCCGACUCCUACGGUCGAUAGGUACCUUGAAGAUGGUGUCCGCGAUAGGCUUUUCUUGUUGCAAAACAUUAGCCUCGAUUUGGCUUCAAUCAACAUCCAAAGAGGACGUGAACAAGGAGUGCCGUCUUACAACGCAUGGCGGAAAUGGUGUGGACUGUCGGAAGUGACGACAUUCGAGGUCAAACGAAAUGGUGGUCUCGAAGAUCACGACGAAGAAACAGCUGCAGUAUUGCAAGAGUUGUACAGGAGUCCCAAUGAUAUUGACCUAUAUUCUGGUGGAGUAUCUGAGGUUCACGUCCGUGGUGGUAGUGUUGGACCUACAUUUGCAUGUAUAAUUGCGCGACAGUUCAGUGCAAUGAAGGUUGGGGACCGCUAUUGGUACGAAAACAACGACACCACCACCGGGUUUACCACAGGCCAGCUGGAUUCCAUUAAGACGAUAGAGUUAUCAAAGCUUAUAUGUGAAAAUAUGGACAUCCCGGAUAUACAGCGAACUGCCUUCCUCACACCUAAAAUAAGUGGUGUACACACACGCCAUAUCCCGUGCUCCUUCCUGCCGGACUUAAAGUUCAAAGCAUGGCUCGACAAGACACCCAAGUGGUCUGAAAAACUAGCCCCGCAGCCAUCAGCGCAACCGACUGUUGAAUCAACCAUUGCGGCCGAAAAGCCGACUGCACCGUCAAAAACAGUAGAAACCCUUGCUGCCGAAAAGCCGACUGCACCGUCAAAAACAGUUAGUUCUGUUACCGGUGUAGAAACCCUUGCUGCCGAAAAGCCGACUGCAUCGUCAAAAACAGUUAGUUCUGUUACCGAUGUAAAAACCCUUGCUGCCGAAAAGCCAACUGCAGCGUCAAAAACAGUUAGCUCUGUUACUGAUGUAAAAACAACAGCACAAAUUGUAGCGGAUAAAACGACAUCAGUUGCUGCCUAGAAUAGCCGAGUCGUGUCUCCAGUAUACUCCUUACUUGAUGUUUUGAUGGUAGAUACUUGGUAAUAAAAAUGUGAUGUUUUUAUUCUC